AGUCGGCCGGCGCCCGCCGCGGAGCGUACAGCUCAGCACCCGACGCUCGCACACCACACACUGUUUAUUUACAAAUAGACCGUCACAUUUGACAACAGCAGGGACAACACGCAUUCAACGUUUCGCAUGGCGGACGAGGCAGCGGCUGACUGCCUCUUCGAGCGCCUCCGGCUGCAUCAGCAGCGAGCGCCUGACUCCACCGAGGUGGCGCGAGCCAUCACCGCGAGGAUCAACUCGCGACUCACAUCACAUGACAAACAUGUUCGCCAGAGCACACUCGAUAAACUAUGGAACAAACAGUCGGGAGCCAUACAGAUGCUGCUCGCUAUAUUGGAAAGCUCCAGGGAUACAGCGACAGCCACAUACAUUACAUCCAUACUGAGGGAAGUUUUGUGUUUGAAACAAGGGAAAGGAAAAAAAUGUUCAGUUCCCAUUGAGCCAUCGGGAAACAAGAAGAAAGAAACCAAAAAAUCAGGCAAAGAGAAUAAAGUGCCUGCAGUUAAGAAGGCGAACAACCUCGCGAGGCAGCAGUGCUCACAGCACUUCAUAUCGAUAAACGGCACGCAGGUGGUGAUCCGCACGAUGAUAACAACGCACGGCAAACGGGACGGCAACGUCGGUAACGAGCUGAUGCUGCAGGACCUCGUGUGGAUAAUCGCCUCGCUAGCGCCGAGAGAUCCAAAGUUUGCGAUGAAAGUGAGGAUGCUUGGUUGCGUGAGAACUAUGCAUCUUAUACUGAAGGGACAUUUUACGGAUAAUAAACUUAUAUUCCCUUUACUCGUAAUUAUGAAACAAUUGGCCAAAAAUGCCGUUACUACUUCAAUUUUGAUCCGUGAUGGUGUAAUAGCAACUUACGAGCGUGUGUUGGUCAGCCUCGGCUUCAUCCCGACGGCAAGACUGCGGCUUUGUCUCGACGCUAUUGAUUAUUUCAGUAAAAAUAAGGUGUGCUGCAUGCAGAUCGUGAAGACAGGCCUCUGUAGCGUGCUCCUCAGGGUGUUCGACCGGUGGGACCGCUACGAGGGACGCAUGAGGCUCAAGAUAUGUGCGCACAUCCUCCAGACCCUGCAGCACCUUUGCAAUAUCAAAGCUGGGCGGCGAGCGUUAUGCACAAAGAAACAUGUCCAGACCUUGCAUAGGUUCUGCUCACAGUGUCCUGAUGAACCUGAGUUUGAUGGACUGCUAGCAAGAGUGUGUUCAGUUAUUACAUUAUGUUUAAAGCACCAAGCUUUACCUGUGCCUGUCUCCAGUCCUGCAUCAUUCAAUCUCAAUCCUAUAUUAAAAGACUUUUAUUUUAUAGGCACCAAUGCUUCCUGGCCAUGUCAUGAAGACGAAGAAGAUGCAGCCAAUUCGGAUUCCAAAACUGUUAAUUCAGAUUUAGAAGACGAUGGUCCCGAUACGGAUUUAGAAGGCAUUGAUGAGUUCCCGGAUAUGGAGUUUGAUGAAAGUGAAUUGAAAACUGAAAGUACCGAAGACACAGAUAAAACGCAUAAUGUUUUACAAGGUGUUACAAAGAGUGGAGAUAGUUUGCAAAGUGCACUCUGGAUUAAUCCCAAUGAGAGAGACUUAGAAGACUUAAAAAAAUAUUUUAUUUAUUUUAAAGAGUUUGGUUCUUAUAAUAAGCAAAUAAGACUUGUCAAAAGUCGGUCUAACUCUCGAGGGUCGAUAUUAGAAGACUUCCUGUUCUCGCAAAAUAGUGGUAACAGGAGCGUUCCUUCCAACCUGUCACUAACUGCCGUCAUAGGCCCUUCUGACUAUGAGAACGUUUUGGGACCAUCGCAAUCACCCUCGUUUUUACAGUAUCAUAAAAUUCACGAGAGUGCUUCUACAACUUCGUGCUCGUCAUUGAAAAUUCAUAAAGACAUUUCCAAAUAUAGUACGUUUGCUAAUGUGUACUGUACGAUUUCGACAAGGGUGAAAAGUGUGAUACCAUUCGUAAAAGUUGCGUACCCUGACAUGAUGGGUGGCCAAGGAACCAAUCAGCCUGAGCCUUUAAACAAGAUGGAGAGAAGUGCAUGCAGGAUGAAGCUGCUAUCUUGUGUAGACAGGGCGAUAAACCCUGAAGCGUAUAUGAAUGAUACAGUAUAUGACUUAGACCAGCUAUGUAGUUCAACAACUACUCCUGACGCUGGGGCACAAAAGAGUUUUAGUUCGGAAAACAUAUGCCUCACCAACACCGAUGAACAGGAGAUCACGAAGGUCAACAGUUUCUCGUCCCGGCUCGCCUUUGAGUCAAGAUUUGAAUCUGGAAAUUUGAGAAAAGCUAUUCAGGUAGGUCCGAGAGAGUACGAGUUGAUCCUCAUGCCUGACGUGAACUCGACGAAGCGUCAUCAAUGGUUCUACUUCGAGGUUCGCAACAUGCAGCAGGGUCGGCCUUACAUCUUCAACAUUGUCAACUGUGAGAAGUCAGACAGCCAGUUCAACUUCGGCAUGAAGCCAGUCAUGUAUUCAGUGAAGGAGGCUGUUAUGGGAAGACCAGGUUGGGUGCGCGCUGGCUCCGACAUCUGCUACUACCGCAACAGCUACCACUACGCGAACCAGAAGAAUCACAACAAGUGCUACUUAACUGUCACCUUCAACAUCGAGUUCCCGCACACCAACGAUGUCGUCUACAUCGCUUACCACUUCCCUUUUACGUAUUCUAUGAUGAUGACGCGGAUAUGGCAGUGGAGCCUUCAGAUGCCGUCAGGAUCGUACCUGCGUGCGGAGCCUCUCUGCUAUUCCCUCAACAACAACGAAGUCCCGUUGCUUACGGUCUCGGCUGAAGACACGCCUUCCAAUCCUAUCGUGGAUCGUGAGAUAGUGUUCCUGACUGCGCGCGUGCACCCUGGCGAGAGCAACGCGUCAUGGGUCAUGGAUGGCACUCUGGGCUGCUUGUUUGGCUGUUCUAUCGCCGCUGCUGCCCUCAGAGCCAAGUACGUCUUCAAGAUCGUGCCUAUGCUCAACGUGGAGGGAGUCAUCAAUGGAUGCCAUCGAUGCGGCUUGACUAAUGAAGAUUUAAAUCGACGGUGGUGUAAACCGAGUCCCGUUUUGCAUCCUUCUAUUUAUCAUACUAAGGGACUAAUAGAAUAUCUUGUCCGGGUGUGGAAGAAGCCACCGCUGGUGUACUGUGACUACCACGGACACUCGCGCAAGAAGAAUGUGUUCUUCUACGGCUGCGCCGGCGCUGAGAGCUGGUGUAGCAACGACCGAAUAGUGCCAGACGAACCAGUCAAAUAUUUAAUGCUGCCAGCCCUGAUGCAUCGGAUAUCCCCAGCAUUCGCGCUGGGCUCCUGCUCCUUCAGAGUGGAACGGGAACGAGAAAGCACGGCCAGGGUCACCGUGUGGAGACACCUUGGCGUUACUAGGUCCUACACAAUGGAAGCAUCCUUCUGUGGAUUUGAUAGAGGGCCCUUCAAGGGCUUCCACUUAAACACUCAUCACCUUCAGAGCGUGGGCAGCGACUUCUGCGAGGCUCUCAACGGCCUCAACGACACCGCUACCAAUGUAGACAUACAACUCACCAAGGAUCUGAACGGAAAUAUCAUAGAGAUCAAUUUAACUGGUGCAGAAAAAGACAGUGAGAUUGCGGUGGACAGCGAGCCCGGCUCCGGUUCAGACAGUGUUUUGAAGACAGACUCUGAUGAGGACUUCGACUAAUUCGACUUUAUAUUAUAACCUUAGGCUAAGCGCUUGCUACGGAAAUAAUAAAGCCAGGUGCGGUCUGUGUCACGAGCUAGUGUAAACGAAACGUUGUGUAGUCGGGGGCUGUGUUCGUGAUGAGCCAGAUCUACUUGCGUGUCUAAAAAGAGUAAUAGAUACAAAAUUAUUACAAGUUCAGAAACAAACCUUUCACCAAACAACUGUUUUGCUCUUAUAAGUCCUGGUAACUUAGGCGGAUCUACUUAGAAAUUUAGAUACUUUAUUUUUUAUUAUUUUAGAAAUUGACUGCCUUUUUUGCUAAGAAUUUAUUGACACGAUAUUUUUGGUUUAGUGAUUUUAGUGUUGCCCUAAGUUAUCAUGUUGUGUACUAAAUUUGACCGUGUAUCGUAAGGCCGUGACCACUUAGAUUGUUUAGUUUGGUUUGAUGUGAUAUAAGUUAAAUUUUAAGUGGCUUGUGAUCUCAAUUACAAAUAAAUUAUGAAAUCACGUUA